AUGCUCGGCCAAUAUCGAACCCAUGACAUACCGAAGGGGAAACUCCGGUUGGAGCGCGAUAACGAGUACGGAGCUGAGCGGAUCAUCAAGCUGGUUGCAUCAAGCUACGCGGAAAGCCAGAUGCCGUUCACCAAUCUGCCUCCAUUGUGUUUCACUCCAACUGUCAAUAGGUCCAGAGUUAUACGCAGUCUUGUUUGGUUGCGCCAGAGGCGCAACUUUCUGGCGAGUCUCCGUGGAACGCGUGCCUCGGAAUGGUUACCACCGUGGUGGUCUACCCUCCGGCUUCUCCGCAUUCGCCAAUCCUCUGCCCAUCCCUCGCAAAUAUGGGGACCACCCAAAAUCAUGUGUUCUUUGCGCCUGAACUACCAGUUUGUUCAUUGCGGCAUCUCGACGCUGGUGAGCUGCGCGCAGCUGGACGAGCUGCCCGAGCUGCCGGCGCACGACGAGGAGCGGCUGCAGCGCGCGGCGCAGCUGCUCCAGCAGCGGCUCAUCCUGCGCCAGUGGCUGGGCCAGCACAGCCUGCAGCACCACUACCAGAGGGCGCCCGGCUACGAAUCUUGCCUGAAAGAGGCAAGAGAAAUUUGUAGCUUCAACAGUGCAGUAGCCUGUGUCAGUCUCUGUGCCUGGCGCAAUAGAGAGUCUGCUGUGGAUAUGGGUUGUGCUGAUGUGACAGUAAUGGCAUUCGUGCUGUGA